AUGCGUCAAGGAAGUAGAAGACUACUGCUAGUGAUUGGUUUUGUAUUGACAGGCAUUUAUAUUGGGAUAUCAGUGUCAAAGUCUAUUGCAUCACCUACAACAGUGACCUCUACUAGUUCGAUACAAAAUCACAGAAAAAGAGACCAAGUAUGUGUUCAACCAAAAUUAAAUCCAUUUGAAGGAGAUUAUGCCAAGCAUUUUUAUUCCGUUGAUCCUGUGAAAUGUUCUGAAGACACGGAUUGGGUAUCUGUAUCGAAUGGAACUGUGUUUAUUACAUCUGAAGCUAAGAAAAAACAUGGAAGUAUUUCUUGUAAACUUACUUAUUUUGAUCGUAUUGAUGACUUUCAGAACAAAGAUAUGGACACUGUAACUUUAACUGAUUCUUCGGUUCUUUCUCUUAAAUCUGAUUUUGUUAAAGUUCACUGCACAGGGAAAGACAAAAAUGUGUACGAAAAUGUACAUGUUGGCGUGCGAAAUGUACCAGAAUAUCAUAAAAAGGCAGCCAAUCUUAGUUCUAGUCUAGGUUUAGAUGUAUUGAUGCUCGGAUUUGAUUCUCUGUCUCAUAUGACAUAUAUAAGAAAAUUGAAAAAGACAUAUAAAUAUUUCACGGAGAUUUUAAAAGGAACAACACUAAAUGGAUACAAUAUAGUUGGUGAUGGAACACCACAAGCCUUUAUACCCAUUUUUACAGGUAAAACAGAAUUAGAAUUACCUCGAACACUAAAAAGACUAGCUAAAAAGGACUUCGUCGAUAUUUACCCAAUGGUUUGGAAAGAUUUUCAGAAGAAUGGAUACGUUACUGCAUGGGGAGAAGACUGUCCAGAUAUAGGAACAUUUACAUAUAGAAUGGUGGGCUUCAAGGACAAUCCUACUGAUCAUUAUAUGAGACCGUUUCAUGUAACAGCACAAAAACAAUACUAUGGCAAACACAAAAAAUUGUGCUUAGGUAGUAAAAGAAGAUCUCAAGUCUUCAUGCAAUGGAUUCGUGACAUUUACACUACAUAUGAUAAAGUUCCAAAGUUUGUAUUCGGUUUCCAUAGUGAAGUCAGUCAUGGUGAUAACAAUAUGGUUGAAACUGCAGAUGAAGAUUUGCUCAAUCUAUUAAAAUUUCUAAAUGAUGGGAAAUAUUUAAGAAAUACUCUUGUGAUUUUAAUGAGCGACCAUGGGGCGAGAUUCAGCAGUCUUCGAUCUUCGUUGCAAGGUAAACAAGAAGAAAGACUUCCGUUUUUUGGAUUUUCUUUUCCAGAGUGGUUUAAAACUAAACAUAGUUCAGCAUAUCGAAACUUCAAAUUAAAUGUUGAUAGAUUAACUUGUCCAUUUGACUUACAUCCUACCUUCUUAGACAUUCUAAACUUCAAAGGUGUAGGAAAAGGAGAUAUAAAUAACAGAGGAAUUAGUUUGUUCAAAGAAAUCCCUAAAACAAGAACAUGUGUCAGCGCAGGAAUUGAAACUCAUUGGUGUGCAUGUUUAAAUUGGGAAAGUCUAAAUAAUGACGACCAGACAGUGCUUAAAGUUUCAAAUUAUGUAGUUUCUGAAAUAAAUAAAUUGACAGAACCUCAUCGGAAACUCUGUCAAAAAUUAACACUUAGAAAUGUUUUGAGAGCACAAAAACUGCUACCUGAAAAAGAUAUGCUUCUAUUCAAAAAGACUAAUGAUGCUGACGGUUUCCGAGCAUAUUUAUCGGAUAAUACAGCAAUUUUGCAUACUGUUUAUCAGGUGUUGAUCUAUACAACUCCUGGAGAUGGAUUAUUUGAAGUAACUGUUAAUCAUAAUAUGCAAGCUGAUACAUUUAUCUUAGAUGAAAGUUCAAUUAGUAGAGUUAAUAAAUAUGGAAAUGCUCCUAAAUGUAUUGAAAAAGAACACGAGGAACUCCGGAAAUAUUGUUAUUGUUACAAAUGAAUGAAUUGAUAUCUGCUUUUCAGUGACUUGAUUGUUAGCAUGCAUUGCUCUAUAUUUAAACAAAAUAAUGCAAUUCUCAGACAAACGAAGAAACACUUCCGAAGUUAUCUUUCCCAAAAUCUGUGAUAAUUAAUGUGAGUGUGUAUUUGUCAUGAAACUUUAAAAUUGAUAUUCUUAUAAAAUGAUGAAUGUAAUGUUUGCAAUAUAUGAUUGAAAUAGAGAUUAAAAGUCCAUGUGAUAGUAGGCAGUAACGAAAGAGGGAGUGGCUCUGUAGUGAUAUAAAAGAUAAUAGAAACAAUUGAUUGGCCUUAUAACACUGGUUUUAUUAAUAACUCCUUCUAUGGUAUACAGGCUCGUAAAAAUAGUUGGAAAGGUCACGGUUUGCUCCAAAAUCUAUCAGAUAUUGCAGUCACCUUAAUCUGUAAUACAACUGAAGAUAGAUAUAAAUUUUAUUUAAAUUCUGCAUAGUGUAAAACA